AUGGCUUUGCAGAGCGUCUUGGCUCCUGGUCUCCCUGAGACCGAGUCGCACGUUUUGCAACAGUACCAGAAAAUCAUCCGCUUCCGUGAUGAGAUUCUUGCUGGCAAGCAUGCCACCAUCAAGGUUCCUGACUCCUUGAGAGAAGCUGCGCUAUCGCUAUCUACCGAUGAUGUUCAUGAAUGCACUCCAGAGAACCGACCCCGAGAAGAUAACACGGCAUUUGCCUCCAAGCACGCUGUAGGAUCGUUCCUUGCCACACCAAACGUGGCACCGCCUCCCGAACCCCAUCCGGUACACUUAUCAAAACCCGAUGAGCUGUUGUGCGCCGAACUGCAGCGACAAAGAAAGAGAAUAGAACAGGAGUUAUGGGAGGAUGUGCAACGGAAUUCCAGCCAACAGAAUGGCUCUGGGACGCUACCAGAGUUCGACGCAUCAGCUGUCCUCGCCAAGGCGUUACUCCUUGUGCCAGAAGUGAACUUCUGCGCCCAGACACAGGAAGGUGCUAGCAGUGGCAAUGGACCAGACCAAGACUCGUUUGAUGAUAAUACGUUCUACUCGUCGCAGCACGAUACACCCGAAUUCCAACCGGCAUCGCCGGUCCCCGUCAGCUCCGCAGUCCCUGCAGCCAGUACCGCUCCUGCACAGCCGCCCCCGGCGAAUUCAAUUACAGCAAACGCAGUACAGGAUACGACCCGAGAUGAGCGACGUACUAGUAGUGUGACAAAGGCGCGCCAGCUCCGCACAUACGACGAGCUCACCGAAACCCCUGCUGUGCGAAAGCAACCGAGCAGUUUGCCAGGUUUGAACAACUACGCUGACAACUCGGCUACUGGCUUGAGCCAGCCUAAUGCUGCUGCAUCAUCCGCGACUGCAUCUGUUGGUAAACAGACUAUUCCAAUUCAGCCAUCCUCGUAUAUCGACCUGCACCCCCCAUCGCCUCUACUCCAGAACAGAACGCGGGCGCUGCCUGGCUAUUUGGCUACUGGCUACCCAGCCCAGCCACCGCAACCAAGCGAGAUCCCGGGAUUCUAUGGUGGUGCCGAGAACUCUAUUAACAGUGCCAGAGCACCUGCUCAAGUGGCGGCACUCCGAAGCGAGCCAGGUUCAAGGACGAGCCCAGAGAGCUCGUCUCAAGGUGGUCAGGGUAAACGCAAAAACAAAAAGAAGAAGCGAAAGUCCGACAGGCUGGCACUGGAAAGCCAACAGUCUUUCGCAAGCAGCACGCAUCAGAUCAAAGCUGAGCCGCGAUCCCCUUCACCCCUUCCCGGGCCAUCAUAUAUUCGGCCCAGCAAGCGUCGGCGGCAGCUCAAGCAGCAGAACCAGAACUCAUCUCAUGAUGAGAUGUUAUAUGAUCCCGCCAUGUCAUACGAUCCCGCCAUGCCCAGCGGACCCAGCAACCCCAAUGAGGCACCCCAAACAUUUCAAAACCGCCAAGAGCAGGUGCCGGUCGGUUACGAUGGAAGUGGAGUGUACUUCGCAGCUGCAUCGACCAUAUCCAAUGACGCGAGAGUCUCGAGAGAUCGUGCAGCUGAGCGCGUAGUCACUGACGAUGGUUACAGAAGAGAGCAUAUGCCACAGCUCGCUCUGGCUCCCGAAUAUCCAUCUCGUGGGUCCCACAUGGGAAGAAACAUUCGCGGUGAUGUUGUUUCAGACGUCAUGCUGCCCUAUCGAAAUUCACCUCAGGCCACUCGUUACAGUGUACACCCUGAAGGCGACGUCUUUCACGAGGCGACAAGUCAACAUCAUCCGGGUAGAAUACUGUAUGAUGCUUAUGGCCGCGAGUAUUUUGAGCCUCCGAGACAGAUUAUUCGCCAAUCCAUGGCGCCGUCGCCGCUACCAGGUGACCCUGAUCGACUUUUUGAUCGACCACCGGUGCCGCCUCUUGCUCGAUACCAGGGACCAGGUGCUCUCGAGGAACGAGGAUAUAUGUUUGCUCAGGCCGCAUCCCCAUACGUUGCACCCCGGCGCAUUCUGACGCAACCCGAAUACGUCACCUUUGAGAACAGAGAUGUCCGCUACCGAGAGUACUCAACACGACCACUGGCUGCUACAAGAGAGUCUGUUCCUCCUCGACCACAGGAGCAGAGAAUAUAUGCAGAAGGAGGGCGGGAAUAUAUUAACAGGGCAUCGAGCAUCCACCCUACAGAACAGACUCGGGUCACCAGUGGCCCGGGACCUCAUGACCCGGUGGCGAAUGUGCGGCCGGAGGCAUCAGGAGUGAUAUAUGGCGCCGAGCGCCGCGGACCAGCGCGCGUGUUCACGACUUACAGUUACGGGCCGUGGGGCGAUAAUCAAGGCAUGAUGGAUCGACCGGGCGGCGUUGUUAAUAUGUACACCGACGCAUCAAACGAGGCAGCGAGCUCUCGUACUGCGAUGGCUCAAGAUGCUAGAUACGGGCGCGGAACCAUGCAGGAUGGGUUCCGGUAA